GCGGCCGGAGCGCUUUGGCGGUUGCACCGGGCAAGAUGGCGGACCGCGAAGAAGCGUUGAGGGAGUUCGUGGCCGUGACCGGGGCCGAGGAGGAGCGGGCGCGCUUUUUCCUGGAGUCGGCGGGCGGGGACCUGCAAAUCGCCCUGGCUAGUUUCUACGAAGAUGGCGGUGACGAAGACAUCAUGACCCUCCCACAGCCAACCUCUAGCUCCGUUACCAGAGGCACCGCAGCCAGCGACCACAGGGUAACGUCGUUCCGUGACCUCGUUCACGCUCAGGAGGAGGAAGAGGAGGAGGAAGAAGGACAAAGGUUUUAUGCCGGUGGGUCAGAACGAAGCGGGCAACAGAUUGUUGGGCCCCCGAGGAAGAAAAAUUCGAACGAGCUGGUGGAAGAUCUGUUCCGGGGGGCCAAAGAACACGGGGCUGUGGCUGUUGACAGGACAGCUAAGAGCCCCGGGGAAGGCAGCAGGCCAAAGCCCUUUGCAGGAGGCGGGUAUCGCUUGGGAGCCGCACCGGAGGAAGAGUCCGCUUACGUCGCGGGAGAAUUGAGGCAGAACGCUGCCCAAGAUGUCCACGUAGUCCUGAAGCUGUGGAAAAGCGGAUUUAGCUUAGACAGUGGCGAGCUGAGGAGCUACCAAGAUCCCUCCAACUCUCAGUUCCUGGAGUCCAUCCGUCGGGGAGAAGUGCCCGCCGAGCUCCGUCGGUUGGCACGUGGCGGGCAGGUCAACCUGGAUCUAGAGGAUCACCGCGAUGAAGAUUUCAUGAAGGCCAGGGGGACCUUCAAGGCAUUCACCGGAGAAGGCCAGAAGCUAGGCAGCACCGUCCCCCAAGUGAUGGGCACCAGCUCGCCCUCCCAGCAGGCGGAAAACGAAGCCAAGGCCCGUUCCCUGAUCACCAUUGACGAGACAGAGCCCACCACCAACAUCCAGAUCCGGCUUGCAGACGGUGGGCGUCUCGUACAGAAAUUCAACCACAGUCACAGGAUCCGCGACAUCCGGCUGUUCAUCGUGGACGCCCGGCCGGCUAUGGCCGCCACGGGCUUCGUCCUCAUGACCACUUUCCCCAACAAGGAGCUCUCGGACGAGGACCAAACUCUGAAGGACGCCAACCUCCUGAACGCCGUCAUCGUCCAGCGGUUCGUAUAAGGGAUAACCAGCCCAUCCCACCUGCCGGUCCACAUCGCCUGCCUCUCUCUCUCUCUCUCUCUCUCUCUUUGCGGCGUUCACCGCCCCCACCGCACAAGGUGGCCACCAGGCGAUCAAAGCCAGUUUCCCCCGGCUCUGCGGAUUGGCCCGUUGGGGGUUGCGUUUCCCGUAUAUUCGGGUUUUCUUUUCCUUUUUUUUUUAAUUUCUAUAUAUAUAUAUUUUUUUUCUCCUGUGCUGAUCCAUGGACUUUUACGAAAGAAACGAAGUACCAAACCGAGACUGGAUUGUAGGUUGUUGUUUUUCUUUUUCUUUUUGUUCCCCGGUGUGCCUGCCGGAGCCUGUGCCGGUUAACGGAGGCAGCAGCCUUUUUUUGGAAGUGGGCGCGCGUGAAAGGGAGGUCCCGGAGUCUGUUCCUGGGUCCUGUUUUGGAGUAGGCGGCCCCCCUCAUCCUUCCUCCUCUUUCGGUGUAUUAAAUAAAGUGAACCCCAUAAAAGGAACCUCUUAUCUUUUUUCCUAUCGUCAACCAAAUCCUGUUUUUCAAUCUGGUCAACUUUUAAGACGGGUGGACUUCAACUCCCAGAAUUCCCCAGCCAGCUAUGCUAUGCUAUGCUAUGCUAUACUAUGCUGGCUGGGGAAUUCUAGGAGUUGAAAUCCACCCAUCUUAAAAGUUGCCGAGAUUGACAAACAUUGCCGUUACAUCGAUUGUCAAAUUCUUCCCCUUCUUAAACAGGCUAAAUUCUUCCUCCCUCCUUCCUUUGGACACUCUUUUUUUUUU